AUGCACCGGGAGCGCCCACACCUUGGCAUCGCUAGACGGACGUGUGACCUUUCUCUCCGUGUCAGUAAUGCGAUCCAAGCAGCAAACAAAGGCAGUCUCCGGGCAACAAGCGCCUCACUCACUGCAUCACAAUGCCUGACAGUGGGGGUCUAUGAUGACCUGCUGCACCAUCCGUGUGUCUGCACCUCAUUCCUGCACUCCGUCUGUCUGCCUUCCACCAUCAUGUCUGCCAUGCCGAGGCCAGUGCAGCCGUCCUCUGCAGAGCUGCAUGUGAUCAGGCGGCUGAGCUCCUCUGCAUGCAGGCCUGGAGAGAGAGACGAGCUCCUACCUGGACGCAGGAACCAGCACUGUGCCAGAUUUCACCCCGAGGCCCGCUGUCCUCAGGAGCAAGCCGCCGUGGCGCCGCACAGGGACGACGUGCCGCUGCUGGACCCGUGCUGCGGCCGGCUGAGCGCCGGGGCCGAGGUGGGCUUGGCGGUCAAAGGUCGACAGGGGUUCAUCGAUUUCCGCCACCUGGCCUCCGCCCUCCGGGUCCCAUCCGGCCUCAGAGACAUACCCCAAACCCAUCGGUACCUCUCCGCUCUCUGCAGCGACCUGUCCGAGGAGCAAGCCUGGAACUCCAGGAGUAUCCCGGAGGCGGCAGUCAGAGCCAGACUGGGUGGUUGGACCAGUCCUGCUAAAGUGAAGCCAAUGUCACCCAGGAUAACAGCUAAUGUGACAUUGCCCAGUAUUUUCCUUGAACAAGCCGCUGGAGCUCAGGAAGCCUCCUCAUCUAAUGCAAGGCAGCAGACAGACGGCACAAUGGCAGCUCCGCGUUUCAUCUACACGUCUUCGACCCAGAGGGGUUACGAGGAGGUUGACUGGGACAGGAAGUUACCGCAGCGCUUGAAGGCGCCGACGACAACGCUUGAGCAAAUGGCGGACCCGGUGAGCCAGCUGUCCUCAUGGAGGCGAUACCAUAGCCAGCCUCAGCUGUGGCAGGCGAUUGGAAAGGAGUGGAGCAGACAGCAGCUUCGAUCCAGGAAUGAUGCCAGGAAACCCAUAUCAUUCUGCAGUAAAUGUCCAAAAUCAGGCCAAAUCCCUCUUUACAGCGGCAUAAUCGGCUCCGAGAACAUGGACAACAUCGACAGCGCGGACGCAGACUUCCAGCCCCUGACCCUGAGGAGGAGCACCGUGCCGCCGUACACUCCCACAGCGCGCCGCACCACCAUCCCCGGAUAUGCAGGCAAAGGUAUCUAUGCUAAUUCUGCGGCCUUCGUACCAGCUCUCUCCGGUCCUUCAGGCUCCCUUGGGAUAAACAAGGAGCUGAGGAGUCCUGCCUUCGGCCAUGUGGCCCCCCUCUCUAAAAUGGUGACCCUCUCGGUUCCCUGGAACCCCUUUCUGAACCCUCGGAGACAAGAGCCUCCUCUCUAA